GCUAGACACGCUGCUGCACACAUUCUCAGACGCAUAUACACAGUAGUACGCAUACACCUGCUGGACAUCUCCUUGCUCUCGCUGCUGCACAGGAUUGAGAGUGCGUGCCGGUGCCCGGUUAACUGAUCGGAGCAGAGGUCGUCGUAAGUCCAUGGCGAUCAGGAACAUGACGGUGGCGACGCGGUCGCUGGACGGGGACAUGACGGUGGACGAGUUCAAGGAGUGGCUCCGGCGGUUCGACGUGGACCGGGACGGGCGCAUCAGCCGCGACGAGCUGCGGUGCGCCAUGCGCACCAUCCGGACGCGGUUCACGGGCUGGAGGAGCAAGCGCGGCAUCGAGUACGCCGACGCGGACGGCGACGGCUACAUCGACGACGGCGAGGUGGACGGCCUCAUCGACUACGCGCAGAAGUGCCUCGGCCUCAAGAUCGUCGCCUACUAAGCUAGCCAGCUGCUAGUACGCAUGAAGCUCUCAGCUAAAAUUAAUAAGAAGCCCUCCAUCGUUUGCUGUACCCCUGAAUUAACCCUAUGCCUACGCAUGUAUUUGCUGUUUAUCGUGUACUCCUGAUUAGCUGAUUUUGCACCGUGCCUGUGCGUUUGUGAUGUAUAGUACUUGCUCUGUGUGUGGCACACUGGCAGUCCGGCACACGGCAGCUGGCAGGCUCGCCUUGCCUGUAGCUGGUGGCAUGGUUGCCGGUGGUGUUAAUUUGCUCCAUCUAUUCGAGAAAUUGUCAGUUUUUCUUGACAA